CCUACCGGGUCCGUGGCUGUGGACACGCCCCCAACCAAGAGGCUGCCCUCUCUCUCGUUCUUUAUCUGAGGGCCUGCCCCGCCCCUCCGUACUUCUGGGCGUUUUUUUUUCUUCCGCCUUCCUUCAGACGAUACCACUCUCGACUGGAAACCCUAUCACCAGGAAGGACUUGCCUGGCGGAGAUCAACAACAACAUGUACGGAUCACGUCUGUUAGUCGGGGCGGCCACCGCCGCCCUCUCGAUAACCGCGGCAGCACAGACUACGUUGGUCAGCAGCCGAGCGUCGCCUACUAGCUCUUCGCCAUCCAUCUCCGCAACACCCUCGAUGUCACCCGGUUCAAAAGUCAUCGAGAUACAUGUGGGAAGACAUGACCAUACGUUCGAGCCAAACGAAACGAAUGCCACUAAAGGCGAUGUCAUUCGCUUCAUUUUUUAUCCCACGGGUCACUCUGUUGCACGAGCUGAAUUCGAAUUUCCGUGCUUCCCUUGGGAGCUCUACCACCCAGGCCAGCCUGGGAUGUGGUCCAGCGGCGAGGGUUAUACUAACCCCGAGAGCUUCGAGAAAACCCUUGACUGGUUUUAUAGAGUUGAAACUGAGGAGCCCAUGUUCUUCUACUGCUCUGCCCGUACUUCCUGUUCAACUCGAAAAAUGAUCGGUGUCAUCAACCCUAACGCUACGCAAUCAUUGGCUGCCCAAAAGAAGUUCGCAGACCAAGCGACGUACGAUCUAAAGCCGGGAGAGACAUGGAAGGCUGAAGAUCCAGACUACGGAAAAGAAGGCGGAGGCAAAAAAGCGGGCCUUGGUGCCGGAGCCAUCGCGGGAAUCGCCAUCGGCACGGCCGCCGUGGUAGCCAUUGCCGCCGCCUUGCUCUUUUUCUGCGGCCGAAGGGGAGGGUUCAAAAAGGCCUACCGUAAGAGCGUCGUUCAGCCGUCGGCACCCGCCCCCGAUGCCGCUGCUGCUCCUCCGACCAUGGUAGAGGCACAGUACCACAACCAGCACAGCCCUGUCCCAACACCAGCAGGCCUGAAGAGUCCCGGCCAAGCCAGCUUCGCGACCUUCUCGACUCAUCCGCACAUGGACCCCAAUGACCCGUAUCGAAGCAUGACGGCGAGCCCUCAACACCCUCCGUACCCAUAUGGGACGCCGCCACCACCGCACCAGAACCCUGUCUCGCCAGGAUCUGUCUAUGGGUUUAACACUUACAAUGGACACGCAGUGUCUACGCCUGGAAGCCCGCCUAUUCCUGGACCUAACUCGCCUUUGAUGAUUGGAGAACUCAGCUCGGUUCCUCACUCGCGUGGCGUUGAUCAGGCGCCUGUUGAACUACCAAGCGGAGACGGUCCUUCUGUCAGACCUCCGUCGAUGAUGCCGGGAUCGCCUCCUCCGCAGUAUGAGAGUGGGAACAAUGGUGGCGCCAAAGCGGGUUGGACUGCUGGGGAGGAGAAUCACUUUCAGAAGCGAUGAGCAGCAAAGAAUCUAUGUCUAGGAGCGUCACUUGACGGUUGCUUAAUGAAUGAAAGAAUAUAAACGGAAAAGGAAUUUUCUAUGGGAGCGACCAGUAGGCAGAUAUGGGACACUCGAACUCGAAUUACGUUAUGUUAGCGUUUUGAAAACAUAUCUGGCUGCUGUCGACUGGGAACUGGUUGAUAUUUUGUGUUACCUAGUUUUUUGAUAUCCCAGGCUGAACGAAUGGCACUUACAUCUUAUCGUUUCAAUCA